ACGGCUAUCUAUUCUUUUUUUUUAAUCUUUGGAUUUGCCUUGUGGCCUCGACAACUGCCAUCCAAUACCAGAGAGGCCACAGCCUUUUUCUUCUACUUAUUAGCUUCUCUCUUUAAUAUUAUUUUUUUAUUUUUUUAUUGAAAAAAAAAAGAAAAUUAAACGGAAUUUCUCUGUUUGUUUUUUUUUUUUGUUUUUUGGGUUUAAUUUUGGAAAUUUUUAUGCUUUGAUCUUUCUUCUAAGAGAGAAAAAGGAGUUUAGACAGUGUUUGGAAAGAGAGGAAAAAAAAAAAAAAAGGAAAAAAAAAACGGCAUUUUUUUUUUUGGGUGUGAUUUUGAUUUGUAAGAAACUGAAUCUGAGAAGUUUCCCGAUUCUGUCAAACUGGUUGGUUUCUCAAGCGGAGGGAUUUGUUCGUACAGUUGAAAAGUGGUUGGAGGGACAUUCGAGUGGAUUUCAUCUCUCUGCUGUAUUUAAUUUUCUCGCCGAGACCCAAAAAAAAAAAAGAAAAAAAAAAAAAGAGAAAAGGAAAAAGGGCUUUUUGGUUAGGUUUCGCUGAGCAUCGGAGUUGAAAAAGUUUUGUUUGUUGGGUUGUGUAAAAGAGAGAGAGAGGAACAGAAUGUGGUGGAUGAUGGGUGAAGGAGGAGGACAUUACUGUUCAAAGAAGACCGAUGAUAUAUGCGGCGAUGUUUGUGGCCAGGAAUCAAGCAGAGUAUUGAGCAUGUCAAGAAUCCGCUGCAUUCUACGUGGCUUGGACAUUAAAACCUACAUCUUUCUUUUCGCACUUAUCCCAACAUGUGUCUUUUUCAUUUAUGUGCAUGGACAGAAGAUCUCAUACUUCCUGAGGCCCCUGUGGGAAGCACCACCAAAACCUUUUCAUGAUAUCCCCCACUAUUAUCAUGAGAAUGUGUCAAUGGAGAACCUCUGCAAACUUCAUGGAUGGGGAAUGCGGGAGUUCCCAAGGCGUGUUUAUGAUGCAGUAUUGUUUAGUAAUGAACUGGACAUCCUUACCAUACGGUGGAAAGAGUUGUAUCCCUAUGUAACACAGUUUGUCCUCCUUGAGUCAAAUUCAACGUUCACUGGGUUACCAAAGCCGUUGGUUUUUGCCAGUAAUCGUGAUCAAUUCAAGUUUGUUGAGCCUCGAUUGACUUAUGGGAAUAUUGGAGGACGUUUUAAGAAAGGGGAGAACCCAUUCAUUGAGGAGGCAAUUCAGCGAGUGGCGUUGGAUCAGCUUCUCAAGAUAGCAGGUAUUUCUGACGAUGACUUGUUGAUAAUGUCUGAUGUUGAUGAGAUCCCAAGCAGGCAUACUAUUAAUCUGUUGAGGUGGUGUGAUGAUAUACCUCCAAUCCUUCAUCUCCAGUUGAAGAAUUAUCUAUACUCCUUUGAGUUUCUUGUGGAUAAUAACAGCUGGAGAGCAUCGGUUCAUAGGUAUCAGAAGGGAAAGACAAGGUAUGCACAUUAUCGCCAGACAGAUGACAUCCUAGCAGAUGCAGGAUGGCAUUGUAGCUUUUGCUUCCGGCGUAUUGAGGAGUUCAUAUUCAAGAUGAAAGCAUACAGCCAUUUUGAUAGAGUUCGGUUUUCUCAUUAUCUAAAUGCUGAUAGAGUUCAGAGAGUAAUCUGCAAGGGGGCAGAUUUAUUUGAUAUGCUUCCAGAAGAGUACACUUUCAAGGAAAUAAUUGGGAAAAUGGGACCUAUUCCUCAUUCCUUCUCAGCUGUUCAUCUUCCAUCAUAUCUUUUGGAGAAGGCGGAGAAGUAUAAAUUUCUAUUGCCUGGUAACUGCAAAAGAGAGAAGAGUGGCUGAUUGCUUAUUCUCAUUAAUAAAAGUCUGUGCAUCUCUGUAAAGGCUAGUUUGAACGUACAGCUUGGUGUGACUCGUCAUGAAGGAUACAACUGAAUAUUUGAUGACCGUGGUGUAUCACUUACAUAGCUGCAGCAUAUGUUCCGCUAAAUUAAUAUCAUUCUUUGGGGAGUUGACAAAUUCUCGGAUUCUUAGGAUAUGAGGUUUGUGUACAUAGCUUUUUCUCUGGGGUUGAGUUGAUAAAUAGGGGGGGAGAGUAUGUCUACUCAUCGAGUGGGAGAUUACUGUACUAGGAACCGUUGAGCGUGUUUGUUUAUCGCUUUAGAGUUGGUAUUUGCAUGAUUCCCCUGAUAAUAGCCCAAAGAGAGUAUUAACAAUCCUGCAUCCCUUGGUGGGAAAUUUUGUUUGAGACAAAUUCUUCCUUAUAUCUUUGUUUAAUUUCUUGAUUUGUUCCAUUUGAUUGCUUAAAUAGAUCGUUUUUACUUA